GUUUCAUUCACCCAAAGUUAGCUGAUCGACCUGUAGCCAUGAGGAGAUGCAUUGCUGCCGUCCUUCUGGUGCUUUCACUCCAGGCCCUCGCCGCCGGGCGCCUCUCCGCCGCCAUCGCCGACGACCAUGUGGACACCAUUCGUCUUCCGAGCAACGGUCUUGCUGAUGAAGUUGCGACGGAGAAGGGCGCCGAGACGAAGAGGCCGUGGAAGUGCUGCAACAGCCCGUUGUGCAGCCGGUCGAUCCCGCCGCGGUGCCGCUGCAUGGACGCCGUCGAGCAAUGCGACGAGGCCUGCACCCGCUGCGACGCGUCCAAGUCGGACCCUUCCAAGCGCAUCUGCAACGACCGGUACCAUGGCUGGCCUGGGCCCAACUGCACCCACCCCGACCCCGACGACGUCUCAAGUGGUCUAGGAGUUUCUGAUGGUCAUCAAGAAACGGUGGCGGUGGCGAUCACGGAGGAGGCGAGGCCAUGGGGGUGGUGCUGCGACCGGCCCUUGUGCACCAGGUCGGUCCCGCCGACUUGCCGUUGCCUGGACAACGUAGACCGGUGCGCCUCCACCUGCAAGAGAUGUGUGGUGUCCAUCUUCGACCCGACCGAGCACUCGUGCGACGACCAGCACCAAGGUGACCCCGGGCCCAGGUGCUCCAGCACCAUGGCCGACCGCAACGGCGACAUCUCCAGCGGUGUUGCUGCUCGUCCUCAAGCGGAAACGGCGACAGUGGUGGAGACAGUUUUUAGCGAGGAGAUGAGCGCCGUCGACGGCAAGAAGCCGAGGCCAUGACAAGGUCUGCCCCUGCACCAGGUCUGCCCCGCCGACCUGCUUCUGCCAUGACAAGGUGAAGAAGUGCGCCAAGACCUGCAAGAACUGCCUCAAGAACGAGGCGGGAUCUUCCCUUCACAUGUGCGGCGACCCAUACUUCGGCUGGCCCGGGCCCAAGUGCCACAAGAUCUAGAGUCUUCACCGGCGACGUCCGCCGCGGCGAAUAGAUGGCUACGGAGUGUUGUACACACUGUAGUAGGUGCGUACAUACUACAUGUCUACAUAUGUGGUGUUUUCUUCCGGGUUGGUGUUGUAGCCCUAGUAGUUUAGCUGCCAUGUGCCAUGCAACGAUGAAUAAGAUAAGUUGUGUUGAUUAGACAA